UAAAAGGCCAAAAAAGCACGUCAGUAGGUGCGGGAUAACCCUGUGAGUAGAGAAGAGAGAAGAAAGAAGAAGAAGAAGAAGAGUGAAAUGAAAUUCGGUUGAUGAUAGCAAUACGAAAAUGGGGUCCCUUCCUCUCACUAGUAAUAAAGCCUUAUUCACCACUCACUUUCCUUGCUUUUCAUCAUCACAUAGAAGAACAACAACCAGAACGCUUUAUCUGAAUUACAGGAAAUACAACACCAAUGUUUUUGCCUCUCGCUCACAUGAUGAUGACAAUAACACCCCUAAAUUUGACAAUAACGACCUCAUGGAACUCAAGUUCGGUCGUUUACUUGGCGAAGACCCUAAACUCACCCUUGCCAAGAUAAUGGGAAAAAAGGCCAACCCUGAUGUUUCUUAUCUUGAUAUUGAGAAAUCCUUUUAUAAGAAAAAGAAGGGUAAAGUUGUGGAAAUAGAGGAACUUCCAUUUGAAGUUGAAAGACCUUGGGCAAAGAAUUUACCUCCCAAACAAGGAUUGCAAUUCAAACCUGAUGAUGAUAAGAAAGUUGCAAUGGAGAUUAACAAACCCAACCAACCUCAAAGUAAUUCAGGGAAUGUUAUAAAAAGUAGUGUUCCUAAUGUUAUUCUGAGAAAGCCAUCGUUGUAUAAAGAGGACGAGAACGAGGACGAAAGCGAGGGAAAUUCCUCGAGGUUGAGAAUACGACCUAAUUUGUCUUUGAAAAUGCAGAGUGGACAAGUGAAGGAGAAGUUUAGUGACAUGACACUGUUGAGGAAGCCCGAAUCGUCAAUUGCCAAGAAUACUGACAGUGAAUUGAAGGUGCGGAAAGAAGAGCCGAAUUAUGAAGUUGUUAACUUGACCUUGUUGGAACAACCACACAGACCAAGUUCACACAGACCGAGCAUCAAAAAACAACAAGAGCAGUUUCGAGAGCCGAGUGAUGACGUUGGUAACUUAACCUUGUUGGAACAACCUCAUAGACCAAAUGUCAAUAAACAACAAGAGCAGUUUCAAGAGCCGAAAGAUGAAGUUGGUAACUUGACCUUGUUGGAACAACCACACAGACCAAGUGUCAAUAAACAACAAGAGCUGUUUCAAGAGCCGACUGAUGAAGGCGUUAAAUUGACCUUGUUGGAACAACCACACAGACCAAGUGGCAAAGAAGAAGAAGAAGAGCAGUUUGGAGAUGCGAGAGUCGUAGUCCCAAAUGAUGGAUCAGAGCAACAUGAGCAAAUACAAUCAGAAGUCCAUCAGGAGCUGAUUAAUUUAAAUCAACUGUCUGAUUUAAAUUCAGUCGAUUCCAAAACGGAGUUGUCCGUGGAAGCUGCAAUUCAAGGAAAGCCAAAAAGAUUAGAUCGAUAUGUGAAAAAAACUUCACAAUCUGUUGAAGAAGAGACCGCUUCCCUCGAUCCUGGAGGUCGCGAAAACAGUGAAGAAUCAGGCAAUCUUGUUGAUGUCAACGAUAUUCAGGAAAGAGAAGAUGCAGAUUGGACCAAGGCAGAAGGUUUGAUUAAGACUGGAGAUAGAGCUGAUGUGGAACUAGUAAGCUGCAGCACCAAGGGAUUUGUUGUUUCUUUUGGUACCUUGGUAGGAUUUCUGCCAUACCGAAAUCUUUUGUCCAGGUGGAAGUUCUUAGCUUUUGAGUCAUGGUUAAGACAGAAGGGAUUGGAUCCAUCACUGUACAAGCAAACCUUGGCCACUGUGACAAAUUAUGAUGCUGAAAAUAAUAAUAUUUCUACUGAUUCACCUUCACAUAUUGAGAAUGAUGGUAAAUUUGAAGAUAAAAUUUCACCUGAUAUGAAAUUGGAAGAUCUGCUGAGGAUUUAUGACCAAGAGAAAAACAAGUUCUUAUCAUCGUUUAUUAGACAGAAAGUUAAAGCAUAUGUGUUAUUGGCAGACAGAAAAUUGAAAAAGCUCAUGUUUUCACUAAAACCAAAAGAGAAGGAAGAACUAACUGAGAAGAAGAGAAAUCUCAUGGCUAGACUUCAAGUUGGUGAUUUAGUGAAAUGCCGCGUCCAGAAGAUAACUUACUUCGGAAUUUUUGUUGAGGUUGAAGGAGUUUCUGCACUAGUUCAUCAGUCAGAGAUAUCGUGGGAUCCCUCGUUGGACCCAUCUAAUUAUUUUAAGAUUGAUCAGGUUGUAGAGGCCAAAGUUCACCAAUUAAACUCUGCUCUCGGGCGCAUAUUUUUAUCAUUAAAGGAGGUCACGCCUGAUCCAUUGAUGGAAUCCUUAGAGUCUGUAGUUGGGGAUCAUGAACCCUUUGAUGGGAGAUUGGAAGCAGCUCAAACAGAUGAACAGUGGUCUGAAGUCGAAUCUCUUAUAAAAGAAUUGCAAAAAAUUGAGGGCGUUCAGUCUGUUUCAAAAGGCCGUUUUUUCAGGAGCCCUGGUUUAGCUCCCACUUUUCAGGUUUAUAUGGCAUCCAUCUUUGAGAAUCAGUACAAGUUGCUUGCCCGAUCAGGAAACAAAAUACAAGAGGUGAUUGUUCAAACUUCUUUAGAUAAAGAAACGAUGAAAUCAGCACUUAUGACAUGUGCAAAUAGAGUAGAAUAGUCUGGCCUAUGCCUCUAUGCACGUCGCCCGAUUUUCAGUGAUUAUACAUUCUUCUGGGGAAUGCUGGCUGCAAUCAUAGGACCAUUUCAAGUUAAUUAUACUAGAGGUUUGCGGCGAGGUUCGAAGUUUACUUUCCCAUAGAAGAAUAAAAAGGGCUUGAAUAUGUUCUCCUGUGAUAAAAUGAUGCCAUACAUUUUUGUAUUUUUUGUGCACAGCGACCACUUUGAGAAAUUAUUUAAUCUUGCUGAUAGAUGCAACUGUUGGACAACUACUGUAUGUAGAAUAUCUCUUUGGUAAGCUGCAUGUAUAAACUUUAAGAAUUAAGAAUAUGAAUAGCACUGUGCAGAGUUGCUUGAACUACAUUUGCUU